AUGUCCGCAAACGGGUCAACUACAGCAACUUUCCAGAACCACAAUGGUCUUCCGAUCGCAAUCGUUGGCGGCGGACUUGGUGGUGCCGCGCUCGCCAUUGGUCUUCUAAAACAUGGGGUCAAAGUGCACAUCUACGAAGCCUCUCAGGCCUUCGCUGAGAUAGGCGCCGGCGUUGGAUUCGGUGCUAACGCCACGACGGCAUUGCACCUUAUCGAUCCUCGACUGCUGGAAGGCUACAUGAAACACGCCACGAUAAACACAGACCCGGAACGCGAAAACACCUUCAACACGAUCAGAUGGGGUAUGGACGAGCGACGUCCCAACGGAGCCAAAGCUGGAGAUCUUGGUUUCCAUCAGGCUGACGCCAAGAAGACACCAGAUGCACCGACUGGAUUUUGUAUGCGAGGUCGGAUACACCGGGCACGUCUGCUUGAUGAGAUGGUUGCGUUGCUUCCCAAGGACAUAACAAGCUUCGGCAAAAGCUUUCAGAGUGUCGAAGAAAUGGGUGCUGGUAUGCUCAAGAUAAGCUUCGCCGACGGAACGACUACUCUAGCCAGUGCACUCAUUGGCUGCGACGGCAUCAAGAGCAAGGUACGAAGCUUUGUAUGUGGUCCAGAUGUUAAGCCGGCGUACGCGCACGAGGCCGCGAUAAGGGCUAUGGCCCCAGCUGAAGUGGUCAAGAAAGCGCUAGGAGAAGAGAGGGCGCUGAACGGUACAUUGUACUGCGGUUAUGGAGGAAGUUGCAUCACCUACCCUGUCGACCAUGGCGAACUCAUCAACAUGGUUGCUAUGCCACACGAUCGAUCCCUCACCAGCACUUGGGACCAGGAUGAUUGGAUAGUACCCACGAGUGCGGACGAGGUCCGUGAAAAGUUCAAAGGCUUCUAUCCACCACUCAUCGAUCUCAUCGCAAGACAUACUCUACCAUCGAAAUGGGCACUCCACACUCUUCAACACGAUAAGCCGUACUUCAAGGGCCGUGUGUGUCUACUGGGUGAUAGCGCACACGCCACAACGCCUCAUAUGGGAGCUGGAGCUGGCAUGGCUAUGGAAGAUGCAUUUCUCCUUAGUCGCUUGAUAGCUGCUGUCGGGACGUCUGAUAAUAUUGAGGCUGCUUUCAAGGCCUAUGAUGCUGUCAGACGACCGAGAACACAGGAAUGUAUCUCCCGGAGUAUCGAAAACGGUUUAGCAUACAACUUUAUGCUUGAAGGGGUAGAAGACGAUAUGAAUAAGAUCGAGCAGAAGCUCAAUGACAACUGUCGGUGGCUUUGGUAUGGGGAUUUGGAAGAGCAACUGCGCAGGGCGCAGAAGAUUCUCAAGGAAACUAGCGGACAUGAUGUUAGUCAGCUUUAG